UGUCUCGUUCCGUUCGCUUUGACUGUUGGUGCUUUUCGCGUGUGGCUGCGGAUUGAUGAAUACGAGCGCAACCGUUAGUCGCAGCAGACACGGGUGACGAACAACAACAAGUUGGAGCUGUGCUGUGUCAGUGAAACGUGCGCUGCUCUCAAAACGGAUCACGGAUCAUCAUCAGUAGCAUUAAGAAAGCAACGGAUAAUUGCAAGUGACAAGCGUGUGAGCGUGUGUGUGUGAAUGUGUUUCAAAAAUCGAUUACGAUUAAUCGGCCAUCGGUCAGUGGUUGUGUGGCCCUAAGAAAAUACCACACACACAGAAAAAUCAGGUGUGAAAAGUGCGUGAUAAUUUUUGAACAAAAAGAUUACCGAUCGUCUGCCAAAAUGUGCUAAUCAGAUUUCAGUUUUGGUUCAACAACAACGAAGCCCAGUAUCGCGUAUCCAUAACUACAGCAACAACAACAAACACCAUCAACAAGAGUAACAACAAUAAGAAAGAAACAUAACAAAAAAAACCCUCCACAAUCCCACGAAAUCCAAUCAGGCAACCCAACUGGCGUCGCGCCGGCACCAAAUGCCGUCAAUUUGUACAAAUUUCAUGCCUUAAUUGAAACUAACAAUACAGCCAAGUGCGAAUAAGUACUUAGCGGCUAACUGAAGCAUCUCUCACUCCCCCAUCACCCCUCUCGUCGACCGCACUCCGAUUACAAUUAAAUAAUAAUCGCAAAAAGCGGCAGCGGAACAAGUGUAACAGAGAAAGUAUUCCAAUUUUGGAUUGCCGACCAACUUAUUUACAAAGUCAAGCUUCAGCAAAUCCGCCACAAUUGUGGAGUUCUUCAGCCUCGAAAUGGACCCAGAGUCGCAGUGUCCGCAAUAUGGCGAAGUGAAUCAGCUGGGCGGCGUCUUUGUGAACGGUCGUCCGCUGCCCAAUGCGACGCGGCUGCGCAUCGUGGAGCUGGCCCGCUUGGGCAUCCGCCCUUGCGACAUUUCGCGCCAGCUGCGCGUGAGUCACGGCUGUGUCUCCAAGAUACUGGCACGCUACCACGAAACGGGCUCCAUUCUGCCGGGUGCCAUUGGCGGCUCCAAGCCUCGGGUAACCACACCCAAGGUGGUCAACUACAUACGGGAGCUGAAGCAACGGGAUCCGGGCAUCUUUGCGUGGGAGAUACGCGAUCGUCUGCUCAGCGAGGGCAUUUGCGACAAGACGAAUGUGCCCAGCGUCAGCUCGAUAUCGCGGAUACUGCGCAACAAACUGGGCAGCAUUGGACAUCAUCACAGUGGCGGAGGCAGCGCAGGCGCCGCAGCUUUGGGCAUGAGCAGUAAUGGCAGCGGAGGCGGCGGUGGAGGCGGCAACGGUGGCAACAACCCUGGUAACCCAGGCAAUGGCGGAGGCAAUCCUGCACAGCAUGCACACUCCGCCCACCAGCAUCACUAUCAUCAUCAGCACACAGCCGCCGCGGUGGCAGCGAGUGCGCAUCAUGUGCACGCCCAGGCACAAGCGCACGCCCAUCUCUACAAUUCCAUCUAUCAGCCGUAUACGGCGGCCGCAGCCUACAGCAUGAAGGCCGUCUCCUGCGGCAGUCCCUCGCCCCCGCAGGCGGGACAGACACAUCAGUUGCGCAGUGUGGCAGCCGCCGCUGCCGCUCAUCACUGGCCAUCGUCGCACUCUGUCACCGAUAUACUGGCGCAUCAUCAGGCGGUGGCAUUGCGUGCCAGCUGCCAGGGCAACACGGUGUCGCCGCUGCCGAUGACGCCGUCGCCGGUGGCUGCCGCACCCGGAGCACAGCCGCUGCUCGACUGCGAGGGGGGUGCGGCACAGCAGUCGCCGUACAACUAUUACAUGUACUUUCAGAAUGGUGGCAUGCAUCAUCAUCAUCAUCACGGUGGCAUGAUGACGGCCGGAGCAACGGGCUUAUGAGCUUGAUCAAUCAGUCAAUCAAUCAGUCAGUCAAUCAUUGUUGGUUGCGAACCAGCUUGAAUUGUGUGUUUGUGAAGGGUUUAACUACGAUAUAAAUAUAUAUAUACUAUAUACACGUGUAGUCUAAGGGAUACUCUAAGGUCCAGUGUCCAGUUUAGCGAAUGUAUUGUGAAAACAUAGAUCUUGGGUUAAAUGUGUAGUACUGCCAGGACACGAUGUCCUGCGGCUCCAGGGAGCGCUCUUCAAACGAAUUUUAUUUAUGUAACUCUGGAGAUUUUCUUUUUGUGUUUGCAAACUUUUAUUGGAUGUAAAAAAAGUUAAAUAUAUAUUUUUUAAUAAUAAAGUAUUGAGUUGUGUUAUAAUAUUGUAUGAUCUUAAAAACACGAAAUAUGAUACGAUAUACGAUACGAUACGAUACGAUAACGAGUAUAUUUAA